UAUUCAAAAGGCGAAUCGUCGAUCCGUCAUUGGAUCUAGUUAAAAUUAUAAAAGUCUUUAUUUAUACUUAGGUAAUUAACCAAAUUUUUCAGAUGCAGAUAACUUAUUUAGAAAAUUUGAAAAACUUUUGACUAGUUCACUGAUCAGGUACACUAAAUGCGCGGCUGAUCAAGACUUGCCGACCGACGUUAAGUACGCAAUAUUAUACGACGAGUCUCGGUGCUGUGUGCACACGUACGUUAUAUAAUAUUGUAAAUAUAUUAUUUUAUACGAUUUGUAACCGCUAAGUGUUCGGCUGACCAUGACCGUGCACCGAAGACGUUCGUCGUAAACAGGGAAACCACCGUGGAGAAGAAAACGUCGACGGUUGUUAUGGGAAAUCCUCGGACCGUGUAGAACCAAUGCCGUUGCCGAGGGGAGGUCGUCUCGGUAAAAGAUCGCGGAGGCGAAGGCGGCGGUCGUUGCGUCACGGUGUAAAAAACAACAGGCAUAAAAAAAGAAUAUAUAAUAUACACACAUUUACUACUGCCGACAAUACUUUGUAGUAGUGUUAUACCUAGCUGUUGUUUUUUUUUUUUAAUUUCCAAAACGCUGACACAUGCGCUCACUAACUUGUCAGUCACCGUUGCCGUCGACGACAACCGGUUCGCAAUGCGCUUACUAUUGCGUCGUGCCGUUUUCGCGUGGACCACUUCCAUCUCGUGUAAUGGCCGACCGAAAUUAAUAUUAUUAUUAUUAUUAUUAUGAAUAACAGUCGUGCAGCAACAGCGUUGUUAAAACGUUAAUUGUCAUUAUUAAAAAAAACGGGUUUAGUAACAGCUGCUGUUGCUGUUCGCCGCUUAUCGCCGAGCAGUUGUGUACCCGUUAAAAAACGCCGAAUACGAUUCCAAGAUUGCUUAACGUUUUAUCACAGUAAUAAUACAAUUAUCUACUUUACUGCUUGGCUCGCCGCGGCUGCCACUGAAACAAUACUCUAUAAUAAUAAUAUAAUAGCAAUCACCUUGGUCGAUUGUUCGCUCCGGUUUGACCCCGGUUUGAUAAACGUGUCGGCGAUAUUCGUUUAAAUAAUAAAAAGCCCGUCGGUUCGCGUGUGUUGUGUGUGGCGGUGAACGCGAAUGCAUAAUAUUAUUUUAAAUAAUAUAUUAGUGUUGCUAUAAUUUCGGUUUUGCUGUUGCCGCAAACCGAUCGUUGGCGGCGAUGGGCGAUCACCGGCAAACGUUUUCGGCGGCCGACACGCCGAUCACGUACUUGGGUCUAGACUUCAGCACACAACAGUUAAAAGGCGUUAUCGUCGAUGACAAAUUGGAAAAACUGUACGAGGCGGCUGUUCAUUUCGACACGGAACUCCAAGAAUUCCACACCCAUGGAGGCGUGUUAAGAGACAAAGAAAAACCACGAGAGGUAACGGCCCCGACAGUGAUGUGGGUCAAAGCCCUGGACGUGCUUCUCGAUCGGUUACAAGUCUGCGGAGCUGAUCUCAAUACCGUCGCUGCAGUUUCCGGAUCGGGACAGCAACACGGCACCGUUUACUGGACAAAUGGUUCGCAAAAAACUUUAAAAUCUUUGGAUCCGUCUGGAUUUUUGCACACUCAAUUGGCGUCGUGCUUUUCAAUUGUCAACUCGCCCGUCUGGAUGGAUUCGAGCACUACCAAACAAUGUCGGAAACUCGAAGAAGCCGUCGGAGGACCGCAGCGUUUGGCCGACAUUACCGGGUCGAAGGCGUAUGAAAGGUUUUCUGGACCCCAAAUCGCUAAAAUGGCCGAAAGCAAACCAGGAGCUUACCAAAACACAGAAAGAAUAUCGCUGGUGAGCAGUUUUGGUUGCUCGUUGUUUCUCGGCGAUUUCGCACCGAUCGAUUGGUCCGACGGAUCAGGAAUGAACUUGAUGGACGUCAGGACGAAAAAAUGGUCAGAAACAUGUUUGGAAGCUUGUGCACCGGGACUGGAAUCCAGACUGGGACCUACGGUUGCGUCCGGCACCGAUUUGGGUGCGAUAAGUGACUACUAUGUAGAAAGAUUUGGAUUCAAUCCCGAGUGUCGAGUGGUGUCGUUCACAGGAGACAACCCGGCUUCUUUGGCCGGUCUCUGCCUUAGUAAAAACGACGUAGCCAUAAGUCUGGGCACAAGCGAUACACUGUUUUUGUCAUUGAAUGAGCCAAAAUGUCUAACCGAAGGUCACGUACUGGCCAGCCCUAUAGACAAGGAUGCCUACAUGGUCCUUUUGUGUUUCAAAAAUGGUUCCCUUACACGAGAACGGUUGCGGAAUCUUUACGCCAAUGAGUCGUGGGAUGAUUUUAACACUUUAUUGGAGAGAACUCCAAGAGGAAAUUUUGGCCAUUUGGGUUUGUAUUUUGACGAGCAAGAAAUUAUACCUUGGAUACAAGGCGACUAUCGAUUUGAUAAAAGCGACGUGCCCAUGGACAAGUUUCCCAGUCGAGAAAUUGAAAUCAAAGCACUGGUCGAAGGCCAAUUCAUUGCAAAAAGAGCACACGCCGAACAAUUAGGAUUUAAAAUAGAACCGAAAACGAGGAUAAUAGCUACAGGCGGCGCUUCUACCAACAGUGCAUUACUACAAGUGUUGUCCGAUGUGUUUAACGCGCCUGUUUAUAUUCAGGAAGGAGCCAAUUCCGCCGUGUUGGGAGCUGCUUAUCAAGCUAAACACGGGUUAAUGCGCGAUCAAAAUAGUAAAGACGAAUUAUUUCAAUCUGUAGUCAGCACUCUUGAACCACCGAAAUUAGCGUGCUCGCCUCAUAAAGAUGCUUACCAAAUAUACACGCCGAUGGUUGAACGGUACAACAAUAUUAUCAAACAAGUGCUAUCGGAUAUUGCUAAGUAAAAUGUGAUAGAUUUUGUUAAACAUUUUAUAAACGUUGUUGUUGAUAAAUUUAAGAUUUAUUUUUAUGUAAUUUAUAAUAUAUAUUAUUGAAUAAUAAAAAAAAAAAAAUUAUAUUUAGACUACUUUUUACGACCACCGCGCUCUUUUAAUUGUAA